GAGAGUGAUCUGAAAAACAAGUUAUAAGGAAGCAGUGCCCAAACCACCAAAAGAAAACGCACAAGAAAAAAAGUAUCGAACAGUCCUCGAAAGCUCAUACGUGAAAAACCCUACCGCCGAAACCGGCAAGACCCCCUCACAGUCUCUGAGCUCCGACAAUGGCGGAGCUCUCAGUGAUAACAAUAGGAGGCAAAGGCUCAUCUCUCUCGUCCUCCUCUGUCUACGCCAUUGCCAGUGGCCUCGCUCAGUUACGCAUCGACUCGUCGGCGCUCAAUAGGCUCCCCUCCUCCUCCUCAUCACCUCUCAAUACCCACAACCUCGUCUCUCUCCUACCCUCUCUCCCAACCGUUGAAGAAUCCAGAGCUUCUCUCGUCGUCCUCCUCAGCAAGCUCCUCUCUCUCUCCGGUUCCCCCAAUAUCCGUACUGUUCUUCCAGUUAAAAUCGCGGAAGCACUCAAUUCCCCAGACUUAAAGCACGAAUCCCUCGACUUGACUGACGAGGAGGCCCUUGUGUUGGAGAAACUCAAGUUAUCCUCUGCUUUGUACGCAAUAUGUGCGCUUCUGGACCACCAGUCAGCUGCUUUGUCGACGGUUUCGGAUGCAGUAGCGGCGAUUACUUGCGAGGCAUUGAAGGCCGACGUAGCGGCGUUCAAUUUGAUCGAUUCAGGGGAUGGGCACGCCGCGAAGGAGGAGAUUGGGGUGGCCAGUGAUUUGAAGGUGUUGCUCAACGGGUCUAAGUUAGUGGGUAAGGUUGAAAUUGAAGCGAUCUCGAGAAUCCCCAAAAUUCACGCGAGUUUGAGAGAGCAAGUGAAAUCGGUGCACUCCAAGACUCGAGUGGAGCUGAAUUCUGGUGGGAAGGUAGUUUGUGCCGGGGUAGUCAGGACCGCUUUGUUGCCAUUGGCAGCGGCUCUGUGGGACUUGGGGGACCGUAGUUUGUCCCGUGCGAAAAUGAAUGUGGAUGCGGUGGGGAGUGUGAAUUCGAGGUCGAGUUUGGUAGCAUUGUUUGAGCAGAAAUGCCCAAGUGGUGAAAGCUUGAGAGGUGGGUUCAAGCUGGUUUCCCAAUUAGUUUUUGAAGAGGAAGAGAAUUAUGAUAAUUUUGCUCAUGAAGUGAAUGCAUUGAUGGGAAUUGUGUGGAAAAUUGUGACUUGGGAGGCAAUUACAGCGUUUAUGGUGUUGGAGGGAGCUGAGUUGAAUGGGAAGAAGAGUGAAGGUAGUGAAGUGAAUGGAGGAGGGAAUGUGAAAGUGGAGAAGAAGAGUGAGAAGAAGAAGAAGGUGGUUUUGGGAAAAGGAACUAGUGUUAUAUUAAAGUUGAUAAAAGAUAGGUUGCAGGGAAAGGGAGGAAAUGCUGUUGAUAGUUUGGGCUUGUUGGGAAAUUGGGUUGAAGAGCUUAUAUCGUUUUUGGACCCCAAGGACCCAGAGUUUGAUAGUUUGUUGAACAGAGUGAAGGAGUUGGUGGAAAGCAAUGAGACUAGAAGACUCCCCAAGCUCCCAAAGGGGACUCGUGACUUUGCAAAAGAACAAAUGGCAAUAAGAAAGAAAGCAUUUUCGAUAAUUGAAGAGGUCUUUGAGAGGCACGGUGCCACGGCAUUGGAUACUCCAGUUUUUGAAUUGAGAGAAACUCUCAUGGGGAAAUAUGGGGAAGAUUCGAAAUUGAUUUAUGAUCUUGCUGACCAGGGAGGAGAGCUUUUAUCACUGCGAUAUGAUCUAACCGUUCCAUUUGCUAGAUAUGUAGCUAUGAAUGGUAUCACUUCUUUCAAAAGGUACCAAAUAGCAAAGGUGUACAGAAGAGACAAUCCAUCGAAAGGACGAUAUCGUGAAUUUUACCAAUGUGACUUUGAUAUUGCUGGUCAAUAUGAAAAAAUGGGGCCAGAUUUUGAGGUUAUUAAGAUUUUAACAGAACUUCUUGACGAGCUGGAUAUUGGAGAUUAUGAGAUUAAGUUGAACCACCGAAAGUUGUUGGAUGGAAUGUUGGAAAUCUGCGGAGUACCUCCUGAAAAGUUUAGAACUAUUUGUUCAACUAUCGACAAGUUAGACAAGCAGUCUUUUGAGCAGAUAAAAAAAGAAAUGGUGGAAGAGAAGGGCCUAAGUGUUGAGACAGCAGACAAAAUUGGUACCUUUGUAAAAGAGCGUGGACAUCCGUUGGAAUUGUUAUUUAAGCUUAAACAGGAGGGCAGCUCAUUUUUAGAAAACAAUGCAUCUAUAGAUGCAUUGAAUGACCUGGAGAUCUUAUUCAAGGCUUUGGAAAAAUCAAAGUGUAUCGGAAAAGUGGCUUUUGACUUGAGUCUUGCAAGGGGUCUUGAUUAUUAUACGGGAGUAAUAUAUGAAGCUGUUUUUAAGGGGGGUGCACAGGUUGGUUCAAUUGGUGGUGGUGGACGCUAUGACAACCUUAUAGGGAUGUUCGGUACAAAGCAGGUUCCAGCUGUUGGUAUCAGCCUUGGAAUUGAGCGAGUUUUUAAUAUAAUGGAGCAGAAAGGCCAGAAUCAGACAACCCGAGCAACCAAGACUGAAGUCCUAGUGAGUGUAUUGGGGGAUGAUUUAACGCAAGCAGCUGAGUUAGCAAGUGAGCUGUGGGCUGCAAAAGUGAAAGCAGAAUACUUGGUCAAUAAAAGAGUGUCAAAGCACUUUGAUCGAGCCAAGGAAUCUAGGAUCCCUUGGAUGAUAAUCGUAGGUGAACGGGAGCUGAACGAAGGGGUUGUGAGAUUAAAGGAUAUUGAGGCUGCUGAGGAAAGCAUAAUUCCAAGAAGUAGAAUUGUGCAAGAACUUCAAAAACGGUUGAGUUCAUGAUAAUAAUAUAUUUUGUGGAGGCAAAGAAAAGAAGAACAAAUCUCAAGCCAGAUUCCCUUAUCUUUCAUUUUUCUUUGUUUACAUGUGCCUUUCUGGGCAUGUUAAGGCGCUCAAAACAGGUAUUACACACAUUGAUUUCAGAUUCAUCUCACAUGUAAUUCUGGUAUUGUAAUGUUUUGAAACAAGCAAAUCCUAUGAUGAGUAUUUUGACAAA